AAUUUUGAUCAAUUUAUUUGGGAGUGACCGAGGGAAGCGGCAAACCUGCAAGUCGGCAACCAUCUCUUCAGACAUCUGCUCAGCCAGCAAAAUUCUGCAACAAUAACCUUUCGUUGACUCGUCAGCAGGCAGCCAGGCAUGGCUAUGGAAAUAGAUUCAGCAAAACCGAUACAAAUCAAAGACGAUGACCUGUUCAAGGCCGCUGAAUCAGGUGAUUCCGAGCUUUUCAAAUCUCUCUCCGAAGACCAGCUUGUCAAAGCCCUUUCUCUCCGCAACGAAGAUCGCCGCUCUCUUCUUCACGUCGCUGUCUCUUCAGCCCACGCUGAGGUAGUGAAGAUACUGUCUGCCGCUGACUCUUCAGUUAAUGGCAUAAACUGUGGAGAUGAAGAAGGUUGGGUACCCCUUCACUCUGCUGCAAGUAGUGGGAAUAUAGACAUUGUGGAGAUUUUGCUUAGCCGAGGAGCUAAUGUGAAUUUAAAGAAUGAUGGCGGUCGCACUGCUCUGCACUAUGCUGCAAGCAAAGGCCACUUCAAGAUAGCUGAAAUUCUGAUUUCACAUGAUGCAAAGAUCAAUGCAAAAGACAAGGUUGGGUGCACCCCAUUGCACCGUGCAGCAGGCACAGGGAACUCUGAGUUGUGCGAACUCUUAAUUGAGGAGGGAGCAGAAGUGGACGAAGUGGAUAGAGAAGGGCAGACUCCUCUCAUGACUGCUGUCGUAUGCCACAAUAAAGAUGUAGCUCUGCUUCUUAUAAGACAUGGAGCAAAUGUUGAUGUCGAGGACAAGGAAGGCUACACUGUGCUCGGCCGAGCUUCAGAUGAUAUUCGACCUUUGUUAAUUGAAGCUGCUAAGACGAUGCUUGACGGAUGAACUCUGAGAAUUACACAGCCUAACUAUUAUCCGAGCUUCAGCGUGUGAGCUUUUAUUAGGCCAUAGCCAGCAGAUUGUUGUGAUGGAUCUUGUCCUGAAUGUUAGACCACUUUUCCUGCUUUUGCUUACAACUUGUGUCGAUCUUUCUAUAGUUAUGAUGCUCUAACAUAGGGGUGGACUCGGGUUGGGCCACCCGGCCCGGUACCCGGUCUUGGGGCAGGUUCGGGCCAACCGGAACCGCUCUAAUCCCGUUGCGGGCUCGGGCCCCCUAAAAUGCGAACCGGCCCGGCCGGUUCGGGCCUUUUUUUUUUCAUUUUUUUUUGUUUCUACCAGGUUGGGUUGGGUGUUUUGGCGGGGUUUGGGGGGUGAGGGGGGGGGGGGUCGGGGGUUAUUUAGAAAAUCAAAAGAAAAUAAAAAAAAAUAACAUUGAACCGGAACCGGCCCGGCCCGGAAAUGCCGGCUACUCGGGCCGGUUCCACCAUUCCCAAAUAAAAGCCCAGCUGGGCCUAGGCCCGAACCGGAACCGGCCCGGCCCAGGUCCAUCCCUACUCCAACAGAUGGUAGAGAGUGAGCCCUUAAAAUAUGUAGGGAAUUGGACAAUGCAAUAUUUUAUCCUGAAGCAUCUUUGCCUUGAUUGUUGGAUGUAGGGGUCGGCGUUGUCAGUUAAGCGCAUUUGAUCUUGGUGCUCCGGUUUUAAUUUAGGCUUUGUUUGCA